CCAUAGCAUCGAAGGGCGACCUAGAAGGGCGGGGAGGGAUGAGUCCACGUGGUAAUAAUUAUAAUUUUGGUGAACAAAAAGCUACAAUGUCUAAAUCAAGACAAGCUCUCCAUGCUGGUAGCUGGUACAGCAAUGAAGGCCCAGUACUGGACAAGCAGCUGGAGGAUUGGCUGGGGAAGGCAGAUCUCAUACACACACCAGCUAGAGCCAUUAUUGCUCCUCAUGCAGGUUAUGCAUACAGUGGUCCGUGUGCUGGAUAUGCGUACAAGCAGAUUGACCCCUCCACAGUUAAGCGUGUGUUCAUCCUUGGCCCCUCCCACCACGUGUACUUACCCGGCUGUGCUCUCUCUUCUCUCACACAUUACCACACACCUCUAUAUGACCUGGAGAUAGACCAACACAUAUAUUCUGAGCUGAGGGGGAGUGGAGAGUUUGAGGUCAUGUCACAAGAUAUGGACGAGGCAGAGCAUAGCAUCGAGAUGCAUCUCCCUUAUGUUGCCAAGGUGAUGGAGAGUAGGCGUGACAAGUUCACUGUUGUACCGAUACUUGUGGGGUCAUUAAAGGUCAAAGGUGAAGCAGAGUACGGGAAACUAUUCAGCAAAUAUCUACUGGACCCAGAGAAUCUAUUUAUAGUAUCCUCCGACUUCUGUCACUGGGGCAAGAGGUUCAACUACACUCGCUACAACAAAGCUGAUGGUCCCAUUCAUGCUUCUAUAGAGGCAAUGGACCAUGUGGGUAUGGAUAAGAUAUCAGCUCUGGACAGUGUGGGAUUCACCUCUUAUCUUGAGGAGACUAGGAACACCAUCUGUGGACGUCACCCCAUAGCUGUCCUACUACAUGCAGUGGAUGAUAUCACCUGUCAUCAUGAUGAGCUCCAGUUCUCACUCAAGUGGGUCAAAUACGACCAAUCAAGUGCUUGCAAGUCACUCUCUGAUAGCUCAGUUAGUUACGCCUCCGCUUCCCUCACCAUAGCAACCAAACAAUGACUCAGAGAAUAUAACCACAUGCUCUCAUUUCAUAAUGGUUGUAUUAUAUGCUCAAUAUUAUAAUAAUUAUAAUUUUAUUAUA